AUGGCAGCAAACCCUGUGUGGAUGUUUUUCGUGACAAUGUCUGGUCAUACCCAACCCGAAGGACCACACCAACUUGAUUCAAAACGUGCUGUGAAUUCAUGCCGAAAGAAUGUGCCUGGUACAUCGUUCGUCUCAGAUUUGAGAGAUCACAUCCACGAGUUCAUCAACGCCUCUGCAGAUGAACACCGGACAUGCUUCACAAAGACUAUCAAGAGGAUGUUCGAGAUGUCAAAGAUUGUCACUGAGAGAUCCUCUGAAGCUGAGGAAGCUGGAUCUGAAAGUGUCUUGCCACUUCAGACCACAGUGUCGCGGUAG